AGAAACACUGCUCAACUGAGGGAGUCUGAGUGAGUGAGCCACAUGGAGAAUCAGAAGAACUGACAGUAGAAAGAAGGACAUGUGAACAGUGACAUUUUUACGUUGUAUGGGAGGCAGGAAACCAGACAACUACCUGUGGAGAUGGGAAGUACAACCCUCCCAGUGUACCUCAAUGUAAGUGCAGGGAUGAUCAACUCAUCAUCGGACCCAGCUAAGACUGAGGAGGGUUACAGUGAGGCAACAAUGAUCCUGCUGGGUAUGAUCAUGUCCUUACUCGUCCUGUGCAUUGUCUUUGGCAACAUCCUGGUCAUAACAGCAAUUGCCCGCUUCCAGCGUCUCCAAAAUGUCACCAACUGUUUCAUCACUUCCCUUGCCUGUGCUGACCUAGUCAUGGGUCUUAUUGUGGUUCCUUUCGGUGCCUGCUACAUCAUCUUUAAGACUUGGCACUUUGGUAGUUUCUGGUGUGAGUUCUGGACUGCAACUGAUGUGCUCUGUGUCACUGCAAGCAUCGAGACCCUAUGUGUCAUAGCUAUUGACCGUUAUUUGGCCAUCACUUCUCCCUUCCGCUACCAGUCGAUGCUGACCAAGGGCAAGGCUCGCAUUGUGGUUGUGCUUGUGUGGGUGAUUGCCGCCUUGAUAUCUUUCCUGCCCAUCCAUAUGAAGUGGUGGAUAUCAGUUGAUAAGGAAGCUAAAGAUUGCAUUGAGGACAGUAGCUGCUGUGAGUUCUACACUAACAUGGCUUACGCCAUCACCUCCUCUAUCAUCUCCUUCUACAUCCCUUUGGUCAUCAUGGUUUUUGUCUACAGCCGCGUUUUCCAGGAGGCCAAGAUCCAACUGAAGAAGAUUGACCAAAGUGUUGGACGUUUUCACAACAGUGACAAAAGCAACCUCCAAUCUCUGGAGGCCAACAAUGGGCGUGGCAACAAGAAGGCCAAAUUUUGCCUACGGGAACACAAAGCCCUAAAGACACUGGGCAUAAUCAUGGGGACCUUUACUCUGUGUUGGCUGCCCUUCUUUUUGCUCAACGUGGUGGUGGCCAUAUGGAAGGUGGAGGACAUUGACCUUACCUUCAGGAUACUUAACUGGAUAGGUUACGCAAACUCUGCCUUCAACCCGUUCAUUUACUGCCGGAGUCCUGAGUUCAGGUAUGCCUUCAAGGAGAUCCUCUGCAUAAAGAGGAACCGCCUCAGUUAUGCAGAGCCCGUGAACGGAUAUGUCUACAGCAAGCACAGCUGGCAGAGUGAACAGCAAGGGAGAAGUAAGGGCAGCUUGGAUGACAGUGACACUAAUGAAGGGUGUGUGAGAAAGGGAGUGGGGGUCUGCGGCAGUGUGGAUAGACCAGUGGACCCCAACGGUAAUUGCAACAAAGGCCUAUCAACUGUAGUGACUGUCCUUUAAACCUGGAGCCCUGAGACUUCUGUCAACAGGGUGAUCUAGGAAUGUUUACACUGCUAGUAUUAACCUUUUUUCAAUUGACUAAGGAAGGUAAGGCCAACCAAACGGACGGGUAGGGAAUGCUUCACAGAAACUGUAAUAAUCAUGUUCAGCUGAGGGAACUAUUUAUCUUCCUCUUUCAACACUGAAUAAAAACUGUAGGUAGGUAGGUUUCCUUUUGUUACAUUUCUCAUGUUUAACUUCUAACUACCUCAUCACAUCUUUUAAACAUGUGUUUCUUAUCUGACUAUUUCACAUUAACUCACUGUCCACAGAAGCUACAUUAUGGCAGUAUGGUAUCUCAGCUGUGUACGUUUGCACUUUACUGUUCUGUGCAUUAUAUACUUUCUACUAAUCAGGCUCACAUUGAUUUCAUGGGCAUUUUUUAUUCCAUAGUUCUUGCCAAAGGCUCCCAAAAUUCCUUAGCACAAAAUGGUUUGUAAAUGUUGUUAGAGGCUAUUCCAUAAGUCCAUUCAGGCAUGCCAAUUCGCAGUUCUUAGUUCCGUCUUAAAAUGGAUGAGCAGCAUGAAAGGAUCAAACCUAUGGCCUCGUUGGUGCUUUGUUUGAAGAAAUACAUUCCAAAUCAACACAAAUAAUAUAAUGUAAUAAUUUGUCUAAUUUCUUUUUUGUGGAUUGUCUUGAAGUGUGAAAUAUCAUUAAAAUGUCUGGCAGAACCUGUUUUUUGCUCUCUACUCAAUGGUCAGCAAUGUUGUGAGGCCCUGCUCCAGUGUUUUACAGCAUGCUGCGUGAGUGCUUAUGUUGCCUGCAGAUGCAUCAGAGAUAUGAGGUUACUCACAUCUCCCUGGUGCAAGCUGCCCAAAAAUUUGGGGCCAUCCUCUCUUAGUCAAGUUUGUAUAUGUUUGUAUCAGCCAGAUUCCAUUAUCAGCCCUGAAGAUAUAUAAUGUCAUUCAGUGGAAAACAGAUUGCAUUAAUGUUGUUAAUCCUGGGUGUCAACCUUUAAAGCUGGCACCUGUUAUAUGAAUAAACGCACUUGUUUUAAACUGUGCUGCUCACAGUCAUACGUUGCAUUCAGUCCACUGGUUCAUUUUUGAGACAUGUAAACCAGUAUCUGGUACAUUACAUGCCAUAAGUCCUUCCUGUCUCGCCUACAUGCCGGUGCUAACACUUUUGUUGCACAAGCCCUAUUUGUUUAUUAAAAUGUGUGGCUGCUGUCUGUCAGAAUGUACAGUGUUAACUGAAACCAGAGAAGCCGUUUCCUCAGGCAUGGCACAAGGGGACAAACUACACACAACAUUAAACAGUGUGCCGAAAUAGCCAAGCAAUAACAAAGUUCCAGGGCCGAGACUGGUGGUGGUGGAGAUUAUUUAGAAGCCGAUAAACAAUGACAAAAACAGAGUGCACUCUUGAGUAGUGCACCUUUUUCACUGCUCCUUGACAUGUCUCAGUCUCCUUUCACUGUAAAUGGAUCUCUGGAUCUUUAUGAAAUCAGUCUAAUAUUUGAAUGAGACACUCGGGAGUCAACUGAGCAGUGCCUCAGCUGUUCCAGUUGUUUCAGUCAGUCUACUUUAGACGCUGCUUUUUCCACAAUCUCCAGGAAAUGCCCCAAAUCCAGCUGAGCCCAGCACAAUAAACAUGAAUAAAUCCAUUAUCUCUGCCGUUUAGCUGGAGAAUCAGAUAACUCCCUCUCUCAGGGAAAUCUGAACUAAAGAAGUAAAUUACAUAGUAUAUAGUUCCCAAUUUGCAUGAUAAGAUGUGAUGAGAUACAAAUGGUUAACCUGAAAUGAGACUCUCUUUUAUUGUUUGUCUUGAUCACAAGCUCUUGCAAAUGUCACUUUUUUGACGUAGGCAUGCAUUAAUGGAUCAUUAGCACGUAAUGCAUAGGCUUGAAUUGGAGAAUUCCUCCACUGGUCCCAACACUAUGUGAUAAGUGUUGCAGGUGUAACCCCCUUGUCACUGUCAGUUUGGCGAUCACUAAGUUCUGAUCAAAGUGACAGCAUUCUAAAUGUGGCUACUGAAGUUGAGAGGGGGAGCAGGGAUUUUCUGCCAGUCUAAAUCGGUGACCUGCAUGUAGUAAGGUCAGCUGGCACCGUCAAAACUUUGAACUUUGUUCCCUCAGAAGAAUCCUGUACUGUAAUGCUAGGUUUGGCUAGCACUUCUGUCACAGACCCUAGGAAUAGAUGUUAAUAUGGUGUCAUCUUACGUCAAUGUUUGCCAUGUGAAAAACAAGCUUUCCAAUGCGUUGAUCUUUUUUUCUGUUUUUCUAUUACAUGAAUUUACAGCAAAGUAAAUGCAGGGGUUUUAUGUCAUAACAAAUGUUCUCCAGGUUGUUUUUUAAUCAAAACUGUACAGGAUGCACAAAGCACAAAACAGAUAAUGAUUUCAGACCAAGAUUAUUAAAUAUUGUAUUUAUUCACUCACAAUUAAUAAACGCAUUGACGCUAAAUUAUUGAGUCAAUGUUGG